AUGCCUAUUUGCGUGGAGUUCCAUUGUUACAAGGUUGAGAUUUUGCUAACAUGGAAGUAUUGUUCUUCUUCAGUGAGAAGAAAACUGCAGGUCCUUGAACAGGAGCGUGUCAAUGCAUUAUUAGAUGAACGAGAAAGGGCCCAUGCUGAUGUGGACAAACUAAGGAAAGAACAUGAAUUACGGAGCAAAGAAGUUAGUAAGCAAGUAGCCCGAACAGAACGUGAGAAACAAAGAUUAGAUAAGGAGAAAAGAAAGAUUGACAUGGGAAAGAGUUCUCUGAAUAUGGCCUCCAUAGAGCAGAAAAAAGGCGAUGAGGAUCUCUUAAGGCUGAUUGAAGAGCAAAGGGUAAUUUACAAUUUUGCCUAAAGUUACCCGUUUGAUGAGACCCCAU